AUGACCUUGAUUACAAGGUGUGUUGAUGACUCUUUAAAUACUUAUGAAAUUAAAGAACUUUUCAUUAAAUUCUUACAAGUUGAUGAUACAACUGGCCAAGGGCUUUUUGAAGUGUUAGAAAAUGUGCUUAAUUCUCAUGAUCUUGAUAUAGAUAAUGUUAGAGGUCAAGGAUAUGAUAAUGGGUCUAAUAUGAAAGCUAUUUCGUCAUUGGAAAAGAGGUUUGAACAAUAUGAAUUGUAUGAGAGUGUUUUUGGAUUUUUGUUCAAUUCUGAUAAGUUGCAUUCAAAGGAUGACAUUAAACUCCAAUCUUGUUGUAUUAACUUUGAGAAUACUCUUAGGAAAGAAAGGAGUUUUUCGAAAUUGAAGUUGAUCAAGUCAUACUUACGGACAACCAUGUCACAAGAAAGGCUAAAUGGAUUUGCUUUAAUGGCCAUUGAGAGCGAUAUUUUGGAAGAAGUUGAUACUGAAAGCUUGUGCCCUUACUGUGAACGGAGCGAUGAGGCUGUUAUGAGUGGAAAGUGGUACAUCUGUCGAGCGACGGUGGAAACGGUUCUUCAGGGUGGAACUUUAAGACCCAUUUUGGGGUUUUCUUGGCCUGACAGUUGGAACAAUAUGACAUGUGUUCCAAGUUCAUAA